AUGGCGUUCCUCCUCCUCUACAUCGACGACAUCGUGCUCACCGCGUCCUCGUCACGCGUGCUUCACCAUGUCAUCCAGCGCCUCACAGGCGAAUUCGCCAUGAAGGACCUGGGCUCGCUCGCCUUCUUCCUCGGCAUCCGCGUCACCCGCACCCGAGCUGGCUUCUUCCUGUCGCAACAACAAUAUGCCAACGAACUCCUGGAACGCGCCGGCAUGGACACCUGCCGCCCUUCCCCGACACCCAUCGACACGAAGAGCAAACUCCCCUCAGCCGAUGGGCCCUGCGUCGACGACCCCUCGGCCUAUCGGAGCAUCGCCGGGGCCCUGCAGUACCUCACCAUCACGCGUCCAGAGAUCGCCUACGCCCGCGUGCUCCGGUACGUGAAGGGCACCUGCGCACUCGGGCUUCAUCUUCGCGCCUCGACCACGCUCGACGUCCGUGCGUUCACCGACGCGGACUGGGCCGGCUGCCCCGACACCCGACGCUCCACGUCGGGCUUCUGCGUCUUCCUCGGCGAUGCUCUCGUCUCCUGGUCCUCCAAGCGCCAGGCGACCGUAUCGCGCUCCGGCGCCGAAGCUGAAUACCGCGGCGUCGCCAACGCGGUCGUUGAAUGCAUCUGGCUCCGCCAGCUUCUCGGCGAGCUCUCCACUCCAGUGACCAAGGCGGCACUGGUGUACUGUGACAAUGUGUCCGCAGUCUACCUGUCAGCCAAUCCGGUGCAUCAUCGCCGCACUAAGCAUGUGGAGCUGGACAUCCAUUUCGUGUGGGAGCGCGUCGCCCUCGGCCACUUCCGUGUUCUACACAUCCCCACGCGCCAACAACUCGCGGACAUCAUGACCAAAGGCCUGCCAUCGGAUGUUUUCUCUGAGUUCCG